CGGUGAGCAUCGCUGCCACCCAGCCCGGCAACCUCGCAGACUUGAGGACCCGGUGCGCCGCGGAGCAGCCACAGCUGCUGGGGACCCACGAGGCUACGCGGGAUGCGGACGCCGGUGGUGAUGACGCUGGGCAUGGUGCUCACGCCCUGUGGGUUGCUGCUCAAUCUCGUCAGUACACUGGCCCCGGGCUGGCGGCUGUUGAAGGGCUUUCGGGACCAGCCAGUGGACGUGGUGCUGUACCAGGGGCUGUGGGACAUAUGUCGCGAGCAGAGCAGCCGCGAGCGCGAGUGCGGCCAGCCGGACCAGUGGAACUACUUCGGGACUCAGCCUGUGCAGGUGGCCCGGGGACUCAUGAUCACUUCACUGGCCACUACCGCCCUAGGGCUGCUGUUGGCUUCGCUCGGCGUGCGCUGUUGGCAAGAAGAGCCCCACUUCGGGCUAGCGGGCCUCUCGGGGGUUGUGCUUUUCGCCGCCGGCCUCUUCAGCCUCAUCCCCGUCUCCUGGUAUAACCACUUCUUGGCAGAUCCUGACGUCCUGGCUGCCCCGGCCCAACCGGUCACUGUGCAGGUCAGCUACAGUCUGGUGCUGGGCUACCUAGGCAGUUGCCUGCUGUUGUUGGGCGGUUUCUCGCUGGCGCUCAGCUUUGCGCCCUGGUGUGAAGAGCGUUGUUGCCGCUGUCGCAAGGCGCCCCCAGCAGGCCCACGCCGCAGCAGCAUCAGCACCGUCUACGUGGACUGGCCGGAACCCGCACUCACACCCGCCAUCAAGUACUACAGCGAGGGUCAGCAUCGACCUCCUCCUGCCCAGCAAAGGGACACCGGCAAACUCAAGGUCGGAUUCCCGAUGCCACGACCGCCACCCAAGGCCUACACCAACCCGAUGGAUGUGCUUGAGGGAGAAGAAAAGAAGACAGCCUCCUCCCAAGACGGUUCCUCAUCUCGCAGCACUCGGCCCUGCCAAAAUUCGCUGCCCUGUGACUCCGACCUGUAGACAGGGCUCAACUGAGCUCCACCUGUGGUCUGAGGGUGACUUGAACUUCUACAUGGCCAGUACAUCUGCAACCAGAACCCUGGACGCCUUCCUCUAACUGGAGGGCAAGCCUUCCUUUCCUGGCCAAGCUCCUCUCCAGAUACUAGGUUGGGUUCAUUUAUCUUUUAAGGAGUUUUACUUUUUCUCUGCAGAGGGACCAGGUUUUCUGUGACAAGAGUGGGUGGCAUUUUGCAUAGUGUUAAUUGCAGUAGCAACAACAAAAUCUCAAUCAGCCAACAGGCUUUAAGAAGUCCUUGAAAAUACAGUAUUCUAAGUUACCCAUGAGCCUUCACAAACAUCACUCUUGAGGUGUUUGGUUUGGUUUUGCUUUUCUCCCUGCUUCAGUCUCCAGUGAACCCAAAUGGCCAAAAAUGUAAGUCUGGCUGUAUUUGAAGGUUGUGCCACAAAGCCAGCUGCCUUAAUGUCUUUUAUGAAGUGAAGUAACUUGUUAACACAUAUUUAUAUUUCUCUGUGCAUACAUAGUAUUUAUCUUUUCUAAUCACUUGUUUCUGUGUAGGAGGUUGAGCUUAGUCAAGAGAUUGCCUUCCAGAAGCCAGGACGAUGCUACGCUGUCCUGUUCCCUAGAUACCUCACCCUGAACAGAGAGACACAUUUUGUACAAAAUGAACUGCUAAGCUGCAUUGGCUAAAGCCCGUAUGUACAUAUCUUAUUUAUAAAUAAAAAUUGUAAAUGUCA